AUGUGUUUCUUUCCUACACCGUUUUCACCCUUUUCUUUAGUGAUUAUCUCUUCAAACUCGUUCUCAUCGGCGAUAGUGGCGUUGGAAAAUCUUGCCUACUGCUCAGAUUUGCUGACGAUUCCUUUACGGAUAGUUACAUCACUACUAUCGGUGUGGAUUUUAACCUUGUUUGUCAAAGACAAACGUGUUAAACUUCAAAUUUGGGAUACUGCUGGCCAGGAGCGGUUCCGCACUAUCACAAGCACCUACUACCGUGGAGCUGACGGAAUUAUUAUGGUUUAUGACAUCACUGAUAAGUCUUCUUUCGAACAUAUCAAUGAUUGGCUCUCUGAAGUCAACAAAUACUCCUCAGAGGACACCUGCAAGCUCCUUCUGGGCAACAAAUGUGACAUGGAGGACAACAGAGACGUUAGUCUGACUGACGUUCAGCGUCUUUCUGAGGUCAUUGAGGUCCCUGCCAUGGACGUUUCCGCCAAAACUGGCCACAACAUUGACAAGGCUUUUUAUUCGAUAACUGAGAAGCUUGUGAGCUUGAAAAUGGAAAGUGACCACGAUGUUGUUGAUUUAAGGACCAUUUCUCUCCAGAACACUUACAACGGUAUUUUUUGCUUUAAUUUACUCCUUUAG